AUCCUUACAGACCAUCCCAUAAGACGUAUCGCCAUGACAACCCCAGAGCCAAUCAGAUUACGUGUCUUCUCUCUCAACUGCUGGGGGAUCAGAUACCUCAGUAAGAACUGCAGGGAGAGGUUUGUACUGAUCGGAGACCUGCUGAAUCAGGAACAGCUGGAUAUAGCGUUACUGCAGGAGGUCUGGUGUGAGAAAGACUUUCUGUUUUUAAAGAAGAAGCUUGGCAAUGUCUAUCCGUUUUCCCAUUAUUUUAAAAGUGGAUUUAUAGGUAGUGGACUGGCCGUGUUUUCCAGACAUCGAAUCCAUGACGCUUUUCUGUACAGAUACUCAUUAAAUGGAUAUCCGUACAUGGCACAACAUGGAGACUGGUUUGGUGGCAAGGCUGUCGGGAAGGUCCUGCUUAACAUCAGUGGGCUGAAUGUUCAUGUCUUUGUAACUCAUCUGCAUGCGGAAUAUAGCAGAGAGAAAGAUUCGUAUCUCCCGCACCGAGUGGUUCAAGCCUGGGAGCUGCAACAGUUCAUAAGGCACACUAGUGCUGGAGCGGACGUGGUGAUCCUGGCUGGAGAUCUGAACAUGCACCCGGACGAUCUCGGCACCAGACUGCUGAGGAACUACACUGGACUACUGGAUAGCUUCAGUGAGGCCGCCAACUUUGACGGAUGUGAGGAAGGAUUCACCCAUAUAUCUGAAAACCCUUUCACACACUCGGAUGGUCUUGUUCCUUUUGGGGGAGGAGUCCGGAUAGACUACAUCCUGUUCAAGGGAUCAGGGGAAGUAGAUGUGAGCUGUGAGUCUUUGUCCACCACUAAGGGUCCAGUUCCUGGACAGCCCUUUCCUUAUUCAGACCACGAAGCUCUCACUGCCGAGUUCCUGUUUACGCCAACUAAAAAGGGAAAUGGAUGCAAAGAGAGAGAAUUUGGCUGUAUUCCAGAUAAGCUUCCUGAGCUGGUCAACACAGUCAAUGAAGCUCGUACUGAAGUAAAGGUGGGUCUACACUGCUCUGAGCGCAUGCGCCACACUGCGGCUCGUACAGGCAUCAUGGGUCUUGUCCUGCUAGUACUUGAGUUAGCCAUCGCCGCUGUCCCGUUGUUUGCUCUGGGAGCUGAACAGCCCUUUCCUAAAGCCUCUUUCUACCUGCUGGGGGCGCUGUGCUUUGCCGUCCUCCUCUCUACACUGAUGCUAUACGUCUUCUACAGCAUGGAGGCGAAGGCACUGCAAGGCACUGAGGACCAGAUGAGACUGGCACUAAGUAGCCUUCAGGAACGGAUUAAGGAGUACCCCAAGGUUUUAUCAUCGGACCAUUUGCGAAAUUCCCUUGACAGCAAGGAUUCUGUGCAUUUGUAA